GCCCUUCGCUAGCUUCGGCCUUGAGCUUGGCUGCUGUUUCCUUGCGUCGUCACAUACCACCAUCUUAACUCCUGCUGGCAGUACGAUUGAGGAUACAUACAAUACAUCCAACCAGGCACUCUUUCCGCGACCGGCACUUGAAGCUUGAGGGACUCCCUAAGGUGCAGAAACCUUCCUGUGCAGACCAUCAUCCGCGACCUCGAAGCUCGCUAUCAAGAGCAACACUUCUCCCCUCCUCUCCUCUCCUCCUACUCAGUUGAGCUGUUACCGCUCUACAAUCUGCCAUCAUGUCGUCUCAUCCGCUCUCGGACGACCAGGUCGCUUCCGAGCUGAAGAAGAUGACCGCCUUCAUUCGACAAGAAGCCCUCGAGAAAGCUCGCGAGAUCCAGCUCAAAGCAGACGAAGAAUUCACCAUUGAGAAGUCCAGACUGGCCCGAGAAGAGAAAGCCGCUAUCGACAGAGAAUACGAGAAGAAAUUCAAGCAGGCUUCAAUGUCACAGCAAAUCACACGCUCAACCAUGGCCAACAAGACACGAUUAAAGGUGCUCAGUGCGCGGCAAUCGUUGCUGGACGACCUGUUCGAGCAGGCAAGAAACCAAAUAGCCGUAUCUGGAGCAAAGAGCAAGAACUACGAGGAGAUUCUGAAGGGUUUGAUUCUGGAGGGAUUGUACAUGCUUUGUGAGAAGAAGGUACAAGUCCGGUGCAGAAAGGCCGACAAAGACAAGGUCGAAAGUGCGGCCAAAAAGGCUGCUGCUGAGUACAAGGAGAAGGUGGGCAGUGAGUGUGAGCCGGUGAUAGAUGAGAAGAAUUGGCUGCCAGACGAAUCCACGGGCGGAGUAUUCGUCGUUGGUGGCGGCGGCAAGAUCGAGCUGAACAACACGUUUGAUGAGAGGUUGCGGAUGUGCGAGAGUGAUGCCCUGCCCAGCAUCAGAGCCACGCUGUUCGGCGAGAACCAAAACAGGAGAUUCCACGAUUGAACAGGUAUCGUACUGAGUCGACGUGAGAUUUGAAACAGGAGACAGGAGUCGCUUUUGUUACUCUAGCAUUGUGGCGACGGGAACGCUGCGAUUGAGUCUGGCGUCGAGUAGAGCUCAUUAGAAGAAGCCAGUCCUUUCGUCUGUACCAGGAGGGCAGGUGUGUGGUCAUACUGUUAUGCCAACAUAAACGUUGACAGUCAUCCAUGAUAUUGCAAAGUAAUGGCAUCCUUUGGAGCAAAAUAACACCUUGUCCACCAACGCCAUGCUUGGAAUACAUUGUUUCAGAACCUCCCC